AUAAACACGCCAGCGCUCGGACACAACUCACCCUCAACCUCCACACGCGCUGACUCUGAGACUCGCUCCGCAGUAGCCAUGGCGACCACCAUGCUGGGAAUGCUGGGAGUUUUCCUGUGUGCUCUGGCCGUGAGGGCCGACGUGAUGCCUCAGGCCGACUUCGACCUGCUGAAGGUCAGAGGAACGUGGUACCUGGUCGGCUUCGCCACCAACGCAGACUGGUUUGUGAGCCAUAAGGCAAGCAUGAAGAUGGGGACGGCCACUCUGACCCCACAGCCCAACGGUGACCUGGAGAUGGACUACUCCAGCCUCAAGCCUGACGGCAGCUGCUGGACGAUGAGCCAUCUGGCAAAAAAGACGGACAUUCCUGGGAAAUUCACAUUCCACAGCCAGCAUUGGGACAACGAAAAUGACAUGCGCGUGGUGGAUGUGAAGUAUGACGAAUACUCCCUCGUUCACACCAUCAAGACCAAGGCUGGAUCCUCCUACAUCCUCAACAAGCUCUACAGCCGCACUCAGGAUCCGAGUCAGGCUGUUCUAGAUAAGUUCACUCAGUUCUCUCUGGAGCAGGGAAUCCUGAAGGAGAACAUCGCCAUCCUGCCCAAAAACGGUCAGUGCUCUUAAACUGCUGACACUCCACAUUAACCCGCUCUGACAGAUUCUGCUGAAGCUGGAACGUCAUCAUCAUUAUUAUGAUUAUUAUGAUUAUCUCUGCUGCUGCUGCUUUCAGCCUUUAACAACAGCGCCCUCCACUGGCUGUGACUAUGCACUGCUCCUCUGUGCUCUAAUAAACUCAGUCUGGAGUGAUGUUCACUCCUCACUCUCAGACUCUUCAUCACUC